AUGUCGAGCAAGGACGUGCAGGUUCGCUGGACUGCGGCGCUGCGGUCCUGCCCGCUUGUGGCAAUCCUUCGCGGUGUUGCGCCGACAGAGGCGGCACAUGUUGGUAAGGCUCUCGCAGAGAGCGGACUGACAAUCGUGGAAGUCCCCUUGAACUCGCCGCAGGCUCUGCAAAGCAUUGCGCUUCUCGUCCAACACCUACCGAAUGCCAUCGUCGGCGCCGGUACUGUCUUGAGCGCGAAAGAGGUGGAUGAAGUCCACGCCGUGGGUGGCAAGCUCAUUGUUAGUCCGAACAUGGAUCCGGUCGUGAUCCGGAGGACCAAGGAGCUUGGUCUUAUCAGCUUUCCCGGUGUUUGCACGCCUACGGAAGCCUUCGCAGCAAUACGAGCUGGUGCAGAUGCGCUGAAGGCCUUUCCCGGAGAGCAGCUUCCUCCCAACAUUAUCAAAGCCUGGAGAGCAGUGCUGCCACAAACUACAUGUCUUAUGCCUGUUGGAGGUGUCUCCACCGAAAAUAUGGCAGCAUACCUCGAGGCUGGUGCGAGUGGUUUCGGUGUUGGUACUGCUCUCUACCAAGCCGGUGACACGGCAGACACUUGCCGCAAGAAGGCGCAGGCUUUUCUUCGCAAGUACCGGGAGCUGGCCAAAGACGUACCGGUUGCUGAAGUGGAACCUCCAGCCAAGCGGCCGAGAGGCGCCACCACCUCAUUCUCUUUUCAUGUGAAGCUGUCUCGUUCUCACGAGGACGAGAAGUGGGGCUUCUUUUGGGAUCCUGAGAUCCUCAAGCAAUCCAACCGCCGUGUCCUCCGCAGUAUUGUUGCUGCGCCUGGGAGCCCUUUUGACAUGUGGAACCAUGAGAACCCGCACCUGGCAGCAGUCGAGGGGGACGAGCUGGUCCAGGUGAAUGAAGGAGGCAAGUCUGCUCCUGACAUCGCACGGGAGCUCAAGCAGCUGGAAGCUGUCUGUGAGUUUGUUCGCGAGCUGGACUCAGCUUUUGCAAGAGGUCCAGAACAUCUACCAGAGGAGAAGCGCCAUGGCGAAUUCUUGGCUACUCGUACUUUUCCUCCUAUGAGAUUUGGAAGCACUUGCGAUGCAAGCAUCUUCUUUGGCCUGAGGUUGACUGGUGGAUGCUUUUCCCUCGCCUCACCACCCAGAGUGCAUGUCCUGCUUGGGCGCCCGAUUCAGCAGGGAGUCUCGUACGCUUUCGGCAUCACGGUGCAGAACCCCUCGAGCCAGAGCUCGCAGGAGGAGCAGCUUAUGUGGAUGGUGAGGACCCGAGACAGCAGCGACCUAGUCGUGGAGGAAAGUUCAGGAGGUGCCGCCUGGCUAGAUGCCUCUGCCAGCGACAGUCCUGGUAAGAUGUGGGGCCUUUCCACAUCUGCGCUGGAUGCUCCGACUCUCCGAUGGGGCGAGCUGCUGCCUUUCUACAUCACGCUGAAUACGGCUUCUGUUACGGUUCUCCCCAUUCAGGUACCGUUCGACCUGUCCAUGCCGAUGCGGUUGACCGCUCCGCUGGGCUGGAUCUGGGAACCUGCCGUGGUGGGGAGCGGCUUCUGGCAGGACGCUGCCUUUGGCUCCACAGCAGCUCUGCCUGGGAGGGCAGUGCCUACGGUCUCCGAAGAGAUUUUCCUUUCAUGGACAACGCCCAUGGCCUUCGUGAGUGGCGAGAUUUACGGAUUUCGAGUGCCUGUCCGAGUGCCCAGAUGGUCUUCAACAGGAGCCGAUUUCCUUCUUGAGCUCGGCAACUGGAGUGGGACUGCUGACGCCGGGCAGCGGCCGCUGGCAGUUUUGCUCCCGGGACCUUCGCUUAGCGCAGUGCGAGGGGCAUGGGUUGACUAUGUGACAGGACGAGUUGGAGAACAGCAUGGAGUGCGGGUACAGCUGACAACGACCACACCGAUUUUUGCUGGAGGCGGUUUCAUCUUUGAGGGCGGUGUGGCGACGAGGCGAUUGCGGUGCAGCUGCCCUGGCGUAACAGAUGGCUACACCUGCGCCGUGCAGAGCCUCUUCUCGGGCGAAAUCCUGCUGAGAAUUGUUUCCACGAGGGCGCUCCUCGCUGGGACCUAUGCCUUCCUCUUCCUCUGCACGAACCCGCCCAACACGGUACCUGCAGGCUCUUGGAGGUUCGCCACGUAUCAAGACCCGGAAAACUAUCCAGAUGCCACUGAGGUGGACACUCCAUCUACAGUUCCAGGAUUUGCUGUUCAGGAAGCCUUGCAGCAUUUUGAGCGGCUUUCGGCCGCGAUCACUUGGUCCUUCGAUCCACGUCCCCUCAGGGACAGCUCCACCAUCCUGGCCUUCACUCUACCCGGGAACGGCGCGCUUCCCAGUCGCGCGCGGCUGCGCGGCCCAGAGGGGAUGAAGCUGAAGCUGCACUGCAUGCCGCAAAUCGUUGUUGAUCUUGGGCAAGUCUUCCAACUGGACGUCUCGCUAGCGGCCAACUACACACAGCUUCCGGAGUUGAGCACGGUUUGGGACUGGAACAAAAUAUGUGCUUAUCAUACCAACAGAGUUGUGCGAAUCCAGGAUGCAAAUCUUGGAUACCUCUAUUGGGGUAUAGUCACCUUAGUUGUUCUGUACAUUCAAAUCGUUGUUUUUCACAUCGAGGGCAGACACACCUUCCAGGAACCGGGCUAUGGUGCCGUCAUCACUAAGUUUGAGGCCAAGAGCUUCAAUCAAGAUGGAAAGGCUUUUGAUGAAGUCGACCUGCGACAUCCGGUGAUCGAGCCUUCGGGCGCCUUCAUCAUGACCCGCAGAAUCACGAUGAAGGGGCAAGCGAUGGGCACUUGCGUCGACUCGGACAGCCCACAGACGUGUCCGUGUGGAGACCAUGCCACUUGUGGCUCCGACAACUACUGCCAGGUGAAAACUUGGUGCCCCAGCUUGGGAGAUCACAACGUGGCGAACCCUCCUCCAGGGGCUGUUGUCGAGGACAUUUUCGGUUUGGAGGAAGCGUUGCUGAUGAUCGUGGCCGGCAUCGGUUUCCCCAGCAUCGGUGCCAAGUUUCACGUCGCUGGCUCUUCUCCAGACUCCAGCGACCUUCACAAGCGCAUCACGCUUCUCCAACUUCUCGAGCUUGCGGACCCGCCGCUGAAGUUGGAGGAUGUUUCCAAGUCUGGGUGUGUCAUUGCAGUGAACUUCUUCUGGAGCUGCGAUUUCAGCUGGAGCAACAGCUGCGAGCCCAAGAUGAGCGUCAAGCGCGUCGAUGAUGGCACUGGCUUCGUCCAGAAGCGCAGUAAGAAGCACACUAUGAACGGUGUCGAGACCAGGGACGCCCAGUACAUGUACGGCUUGCGCCUCAUUGUGGACUCGUCCGGGAUUGGUCGCCAGAUCAGCCUGGUCCCCAUCGUCAUCCAGCUGGGUUCCUGCCUGGCCCUGGUGCAGAUCGCGUCGAUGGCUGCAGAUUUCCUCAUGGUGCGUAUGUACGACAAGGAUCGCUGCGAGGCCUACUACCGCUGCAAGGUGGUGGAGACCAAGGAUUACUCCGAGAUGCAGGAGCGACUGCAUCUGGUUGGUGACCAGCGUAGUCGCGCACGGGAGAUGGUAAGUGCAGGCAUCAUCAGAAGUGGUGGUGCAGGAGCUGGCGUGUCGCUCGGUCUCGGUGCAGGUGGAAGAGGCAGCAUGUCCACAGUUCGCGGGCGAAAUGUGCCACGUGGAUGA